AUGAAGCUUCUGGGAGUAUCAUCUCCUAAAAGUUCAGCAGUCAGUUUAGAUCUCCUCAAUCUAUAUGUUGUUAACCAGAUAUCAACCAAAAAAGACAACACCGAGAAUGUGAGGAAGCCAGUCCACGUUGAUAUCAGUGAAGAUGUAAAAAUACCUGUUAGGAGGCACAACAUAGAGCUUCCCAUGUCACCGCUACGUACACAGUAUACGUCAAACUUAGAUGACAUCCAGCACAGGUUACAAAAGCAAGUAUUAGACAGCAGAAGGCAACAUCUCUCAGAGAAAGUAAAAUAUCAGCAUAAUCCAGGAAAUAGUUCUGAUCAAGACCCUUGGAUUACAAAACCUCCAAGCCAGUGUAUUUUCAGGAAGUCUGAUACAGUGCCUCAGGAACUGUUUAAGCCACUACAUAGCUAUUUAAAUUUGCCCACCCCCAGGCUAGACUAUAUGAAUUCUGCCAGGAAAAAUCCAGUGGUAAUGACCAGUAAUGGAUCAGAAAACAGUGAAGGAAUAAAAGAACCAUUCUUUGAUGUUGUGAAAGAAACUGCAGAGCUGAAAGCUCCCCAGGAUGGAAGUGACUGUUCCUUUCUGGCACUGUUCGAAGAUGAGAGCCAACCAAUCCAUAAUAAUCCUUCCACAAAGCAUUUUAAUCCUUUUGUUAAUCAAAGCAAUAGUGCCAUUUUUUUCAUGGAUCCUGAUGAUAGAAAUCAAAUGACCAGCAGAAACUAUCCUUACAAUACUACAGAGGCUUAUCCUGCAAGCAGUGCAAAAAAAAGUUCUGUAGACAGACACCUUGAAGGCAUUUUCACAGAUCCAGAACAGGUUUUACUUAAAAGUAACAAUGCCUCAAGUGCAAACUACAGGAAAACCAGUGGACUUCAUAAAACCCACCUGCAGGACUGUCAUGAGGGACACCACUACUUCAUACAUUCUGAAAAGAAAGAAAAACCUGCAAACCGUGAAAAAAUUAAGACAUUUGCUAAUCACCAUGAUCAGCAGAUUAACUUAAAGGAGAAUGUACAGAAGUAUUGGAGAAAAAAAAGUGACGACGAGUCUGUGAAAGAAUCAGCCUGGAGACAGAACCAGCUCUUUGGAUUUGAAGAGUUCACAACAGCACAAGAAGAAAAGUGUAAGUUUGGAGUGAGUUCAAAUCUUCACAAGAUGGAGAAAGAUGCAGAGUCAUCACUCAGCAGCCAGUCUCCCAGUUACUCUCCAAGGCAGGCAGAGAGCUCUUUCAGCUCUAGUCCUGACACGUCUGAAGAGGAAGACACAGCCAAAAAGAAGGAAUAUCUGAAUGAACGGUCCUUGAAGAUCGGCGAUGCCAACCUAAUCUCAGCCUCAGCAAGUACAGAGCCCCCCAAGACCUCUCACACCAGAACCGUGCCUCUCCAGCCCAGCAGUAUUUUGACUGGAGAAGCAGCAAAUCAUCUUCAGGAGAAAGACUCUAUUGUAUGUGCCACAGAGGAGGAAAAUAAGAACCAGACCGCCACAGAGGAGGAAAAUAAGAACCACACCGCCCCAUCUGAGGGCAGCUCAUUACACCAAGCCCUUAAAAGAGAGCAUGUCGCUCGCAGCACCAGGUGUGAUGUUUGGUCACAGACUGAGUGCUCUGUUACAGAAGUAGACAAGGUGGACGUUGCCACCCAGUGUGGCACCACGCCGGUGUGCAGCUGUGGGAGCUCCCUCCGCUCUGCCCGCAGCCCAGGCGGGCUCCCUCCUCCCAGCACCGCGGGCACCACUGGCACCGCUGGAGGGCACGAAAUGCCAGCACAUGCGGCGCUGCAGCCGGCGGGCACGGGCGGCGCCGCNNNNUCUUCUGAAGCCGAGUAUCUGAGUUUGGCUGGCAGAAGGACUCUAGAGGUGCUGAACUACAUUGAUAUAAUGAAGGAGAGAGAGAAGCAGUGA